UGGGCGCGUCCAAUAAUGACUGGGGGAUCCCGGCAAUUAACAUGACUAAAAAGAAGCGGGAGAAUCUGGGUGUCGCUCUAGAGAUCGAUGGGCUGGAGGAGAAGUUAUCACAGUGUCGGAGGGACCUGGAGGCUGUGAACGCCAGGCUGUACAGGGCAGAGCUGAGCCCAGAGGCCAGGAGGACUCUGGAGAAGGAGAAAAACAGCCUGAUGAACAAAGCCUCCAACUAUGAGAAGGAGCUCAAGUUGCUCCGGCAAGAGAACCGGAAGAACAUGCUGCUCUCCGUGGCCAUCUUCAUCCUCCUGACCCUCAUCUACGCCUGCUGGACCAUGUGACCUGAGGAUUUCCGGUCAGCGCAGGCUUCCCCUCAGCGACCUGCUCACAGCCAAGUAGCCCUCAAGCCUCAGGAGGACCACGGUACAGGGGCAUCUCCCUGACCCAGACACGAGCAGGGCUUCCUGUGGGCCCGGGCCCUGCUGCCUCCCGAUCCUGCUGUGGGGCCCGGGUCUCCAGGACUUGGUGCUGGCUCCUCCCUUAGCCCAAGGGACACGCAAUAAAGAACGCCCAUGCUCUGUCUGCUGAGUAAA